AUGAUGGAUUUGCCGGCAGCAUUGAGUCUAAUUAGAUCGUUGCAAAGCCAAUUAGAGGAAAUUAACGCCGUUAGUCGAGAGUACGAAAAUGAGAUGGAGCAUGUCAUCCAAGGCUUGCAGAAUGAUAUAAAUACUUUGAACGAUGAGAGGGAUACGCAGAAAAGACGGAUGAUUGAGCUGGAGAUAAAAGUGGACGAUCUAGAGAACGAAAACUCUCUCCUGUCUAGUAAGCUGAUUGAUUCGAACUCGCAGAAUGAUAAACUGCUUGAGCGGAAUGUACUCCUCGAGCAUGAAGUACAUGAUUUACAAGACUAUUGUGAUAAACAAAGAAGGGGGUUGGAUAGACGAGGGAGUGUUUCCAAGGAGAAAAAUAGCACAAUGCCGACCGUAGACUCUUUGAAAGUGUCAAUGAGGGGACCCUCGUUAGUAGUAUCUACAAAGUCACCAAUUGGUGCUACUGCUUCCAGUAACAUGCAUAUCCCGUACUCUGAGGUAUCGUCGUCUUUUGUAGUAACGACCACAUCUAACUCUCCAAGGAAAAAAUCCACUCUAACUGUAUAA